UGAUAAAAACAAAACCCACAUGCUGUUUUAAAUCGUUUGCUUUAUUACGAAUUGUGUGAGAUUAUAUAAAUUUUGUGAAUAAAAAUUAGUUCGUGUUAAAUCAUAAUAUAUUAAAUUUUACGAUGUGGUCACUUUUUAGUAGAACCACAAACCAUUUAAGUGUGAAAACAGCAUUCAACGUAAAUGUUUUGCGAAAUCUCGCCGCUUUCACAGUGAAAGACGUGCUGUAUGAGACUUCUAAUGAAACAGGCACGUUGUUAUUGCGUUUUGCCAAACAUUUGGCGUUGGAAAAUCGAAAGUUAACACCUACAGUACCCACCACAAUACGUUAUUCCAAUUAUUUUCCCAUAUCUGAUGAGCGUUACUUUUUAAAGGAACUCAGAAGUACACCAACCGAUCAAUUACCGGCUUUAAUAAUUUAUGCCUUUACAUAUCGUUCCAAUGCCAUUCCACCAAAAUUCGUGACAGCACUUAACGAAAUCAAUAAUAUAUUAGUGGAACGCCUUGAUGAUAUGGACGAUGAUACCAUCUACAGUACACUCUAUUCUUUGCUGUUUUUGAUGCCAAAUUGGAUAACGCGUACACAGUUCUAUAAGGAUGCUGUCCAGUGUCUAACAGAAGAACAGUUAAAAACUGCGCCGUCAAAAGAAAAAUUUGUACAAUUAUGUUUUUAUUUGGGCUUGGCUAAAAAGCAUGUGUUUGUCGAAAAAAAUGGAGAACUGUUACAAAAAUUAAUGGACAAAUAUCUAAAUGACUUACUACCGGAAUUGACAUCAAUGGAUUUGGCAUUGAUAUGCAAUGCGGCGUUUAAGACUGCCAGUAAGACAGGAAAUUCAAAACAGUUUGCUAAACUGAUAACAGAAGAAACUCUACGAUUGGAUAUGUCUGCCAAAGGUAAUCAUGCGCUGCUAGUAACAUUUGUAAAAGCGUUGCGUUUUAUGCGCGUCCAUUCAAAAGAGUUAUGUGAACAUUUAAGUAAACUAUCCACUGAAACUUUUGUACAAAAAUUAGACCUACGUGCUUCGGCCCAUUUACUAGCGUUUUUUGCCGAAAACAUGUGGGAUGAGAGUGCCUGUAUCGAUGUAUAUCACAAGCAAAUAGUUGAACAUUUACGUACCUGCAGUCACGGUAAUCUCAUUUCGAAUACAUUGCGUGGAAAAGACAUCAACUCAUAUUUGACAAGCUUGUCACAAUUGAAUUACACCUCCAUAAGCGCUGAAGAAUUCAAGUUUAUAGAAAGUUUAGUUUGGGAGUUGCAUGAGCGCAAUCAUUUCAAAUAUUUCCCAGACCAAUUGGUUGAAAUAUGUCAAACACUUUGGUUGUUCAACCAUAAAUCCACAGAUCUGUUAAAAGAAGCAAUGUACUUGAAGCAAAACGCUAGGUCAUUUGAUAAGCAGCAGCGUGAGCUACCUAAAGUUGAUGGACGUCUGACAGUACUUCAAGUUGCAGCAGCAAUUGAAACACCAGAAUUUAAACUGAAAAUCCCCAAUUUUGCUCCUUAUGAUUUUAAUACGGCUGCGCCUGCCUAUCUGUUGAAGGGCAGAGAUGAUAUCUCCAAAUUUGCAAAUCUAUUGGAAAGCAAUUCAUCUGUAGCAGAAGUUAACAUAGUAUCGCCCAUAAAAGGCAUCAAUAUACCUGGUUUGCUAGUACGCCUCAAAUCUUCUGCUAAGAGUCAAGCCUUCGUGGAAAUACUCACUAAUGAGCAAGUGUUACGUUUUAGCAAAGAACCUGCUCCGAUUAUGCGUUUGAAGAUACGGUUGCUCAAGGCUUUGGGAGAAAAAGUCAUUGUGUUAUACCCAGAACAACUGCUUAAAGAUAGUGCGCAUAUUGUAGAGUUAAUAAAGACUCAAAUAACAGAUGAUAGUCAAAAGGACGCAACAGAUGUAAUUGAUAAUCAGUCCGAAGAACAAAUUCCGAAACAACAAACGGUGCAACAGAGUAUUUAGAAUAUACAUUCAUUAAAUCCUACGAUUAAGUUAAUUUUUUUCUUAUGUCUUAUAGUAGCUGUUAUGUAUUAUAUUGUA